AUGGCAUCCCCCAACCCGGAUCUCACCGACCUAGUUUGCGCGUCCAACUUUAAGGAUAUUGACCUCACAGAGCAGCACGGCCCAUUAUCCCAAUUAUUGUCGCAAAAUGUUAUCAACAUUCAUGUUAUAUUCACUCAGUCCGGAUACGAUAAACCACAUGCCGAGUUAGCGCUAGAGGUAGAGACGGAGGUACAACUCGGGUGCCUGCCAAACGGAUGUCUUCCAAUCAAGACAAACAAAAUUUUCCUGGGGAUGAAUUCCCAUUUGCUAACUACCUACGACGAUUUCGGAUCAUCAAUUACUCUCGGCACUCCAUAUUUUCAUGGCGCGCUUCUCCACUCCCUUCAAUUCGACGUACCGGCGAAGAGGCGUACCGUGAGGGAGUACCUUCAAACCCUCAGACGGAAAGCUCCUCAAGAUUUGGGCACGUUUGUGAAUGGUGGAAAUUACGAAAUUAUGUCUGGGGUGCAUUCCGGGGUGCAAGCUAAACCAAUGGGAUCUCGCGACUUCGUGACCCAAUGUAUGAUCAGGUGGAAACGAACCACAAUGAUCUCCUGGAAAGUUAAGCAAGGUCAAGUAGUAGGCCAACGACGCGAAGCCCCCCUCCAAUUCUCCGACUUCAUUACAAAGCCGUAUAGAAUCGAGAAUGGAAUUACUCGCUGUGAUGGGCCCGAAAUACCAAUGGAGAUGGGGAUUUACGAGGACCGGGUGACAAAAGAUUUCGAGAACUCUUAUGCGCCCAUCAACACGUCCCCUGACCUAAGCGGUGGUAUAGUACAGUUCCCAACAACCCUACUACAUCAACCAAUCGACGAAAUUCUGGAAGAGCUACCAAUUGAGCAAUAUCCACUGAUAGAAUCCAAGGUCAGACGGACACUCAGGGCCAGAUGGGCUUCCAAGGACAGACAGAAUUCCAGGGCCAGACGGGCUUCCAAACCCAACAGUUAUAUCCAGAAUUUCAAAGUCAAACAGGUUUCCGAAGCCAAAAGGGCUUCCAAGGGCAGGCCGGAUAUGAAGCCCAACAGCCAUUUCCAGGAUUCCAAGGCCAGACGGGAAACGAAGCCCAGCUGUCACAUCAAGCAUUCCAAGGACAGAUGGAACAAGGUCAUGCAGGAUUCCAGACCCAGCAACCUUAUCCAGACUCCCAAGGGCAUACAGAAUUCCAAUCGCAGCCGCCGUGUCAAGGGCCCUAGGGAUCCUACGGCCAGUAAGGAAACUGGGGCCUUUGGCAACGUGGUUUGGAAGCUCGGCUAUUCUGCAAGCACGUUUCUUUUUCUUUGCAAAGAGUCGGGCAUUAUUUAG